AAGGUAAGAGAGAGAAAGAGAGAGAGAGAGAGAGUAGAGAGAAAGAGACACAAACAUUAUAACUUUAGAUUGUCAAGUUUAGUAUUUUUCUCAUUUCGUUGAUAGUUGAUUGUUUGUGUUCCUUAAAUUGUUUCGGAUCUUUUUCUUUGUUUGUUUGGGAUUUUCUUUCUUUUUUUUCGUUGGAACUUUUUUUCUUAUUCUUCUUCUUCUUUUUCAUCUUCUUCCUCUUCUGGUGGGAUUAUUUCGGUUAUUAUCGGUGGUUAAUUAUGUCUAAUAAAACUGAAUUUAUGGAUAUUCAACAACAAUGCAGUUUAAUUCAGCAGCAUCAAAAUGCUUAUUCAGCAAUUCGUCCAACUUAUCCAUGGGCUGGAACUCAAUCGGCUCAUGAAGCUUUCGCCCAGGCUCAAGCAUCUUCCAUGUCAAUGAGUGAUUAUCCUUUCUCAUCAAUGAGUAGUUCAUCUUUACAUAAUUCGUAUUCCCAUUAUUCUGGACAUCAUUAUAUGAGCCCAUAUCCACCCAAUAUAUCAUCAUGUCAACCCUGUCCUGCUCCACCAAGAGACGUCCAAAGUCAAGGUCCAUCUUCAUACGUGUCUCACCUAAACGAAGGACGUGAAUGCGUUAACUGUGGCGCUAUUUCAACCCCCUUAUGGCGUCGAGAUGGUACUGGUCACUAUCUGUGUAAUGCAUGUGGACUUUACCAUAAAAUGAAUGGGACUCGUCGACCACUAAUUAAACCACAGAGAAGAUUGGUGAGUUUCCCUUCAAAUAAUUCAAACUUUCAGGUCGCUUCUCGUCGAAUGGGACUUUGCUGUUCUAAUUGUGGUACAACGACAACGACCUUAUGGCGUCGUAACAACGAAGGUGAUCCCGUUUGUAAUGCAUGUGGACUUUAUUUUAAACUUCAUAAUGUAAAUAGACCAUUAGCCAUGAGGAAAGAGGGAAUUCAAACACGUAAAAGGAAACCAAAAUUACCUUCAUCAGAGACUCCAUUUGAUUCAUCAUCGAAAUCAACUAAUGAUAAUCACAAUGCUCCUCACGCCAAUGAUGAUGAGAGUAUGAAGGUAUUCCCACCACAACUUUAACACUCAACAAUUAACUUUGAUUCCUGAGCUUAACCAUUUGUCAUAACAAUAACAAUAAUAAUCUUAAUUGUGGUUUUGUGAUUCUGUCUUUUGCUUGAUUGUCUUGAACUUAAAUUGUAUAGUUAAUCCAAACUAAAUUAAAUUAAACUAAAUCAACUUGCCAAGACGAAACCAAACGAAAUCCUUAAAUCGCAGUUAAAACAAAAAAAACAACAACACAACAACUCAUAUUGAUACAAUUAUUAAUAUUAAAAAAAAAACUUAAAUUGGUGCUAAUAUAAAAUUAAUUAAUCAACAACAUCUACCGGCUGAUUAAAUUUGGAUUGAUAAACAAAUUGUGAAAUGUUUUAUUCAUAAAUUAUUGACCUUUUAAAUUAUUAAAGUGUUUUUUAUAUACUCUCAUUAAAUUGUCUCAAUGAAAUGAUACAAAAAUUGGAAAACAGAAACAACAACAAUUUGUUAAUUGUAAUUAAAAAAUUAGAAAAGAAAAUUAAACAAAAUUGAAGAAAUUGAGUCGCCACCUAUUGUCUUCCAAUGGAAACACAAAAUGCUUUCAAAUUGAGAAAAAAAAUUCAAUCAAAUUUAGAGAUUGAAAAUGAAUUUUAAUCAUCUAAUUAAUUGUUUUUCUUUAAUUAAAUUGUUUUCCACAAAUUGGCUGAUUGUUUUCUUUUGUGAAUUAAAUUGUAAUUGGAGAAAGUGUAACAUUGGUUUUACUUUUUCUUCCAAAAUGUAAGAGAAAAAGGUAAACAAUGAUUUCUGUUGAUUUUGUUUCCAUUGUUUUCUCA